AUGGACAGCACUACCCCGAACUCUUCUUCCGCCGCCGUCGUCGUCGUCGUCGCUGCGGCCGCGGUCGCUUCCGGUAACGGUGUACAAGGGGGAGCGGGAGGGGACCCGUCGAAGCAGAACCUGGCGCAGGUCACGGGCUUGAUCCAAAAGACCCUGGGCCUGCUCCACCAGCUCAACCUCAACGUCUCCUCCUUCAGCUCCGUGUCCCAGCUCCCCCUCCUCCAGCGCCUGAACGCGCUCGUGGCGGAGCUCGACACGAUGCAGAAGCUCGCCGACGGGUGCAACAUCCAGGUGCCCAUGGAGGUCGUCAAUUUGAUUGAUGAUGGGAAGAACCCCGAUGAGUUCACCAAGGACGUGCUCAACAGCUGCAUCGCCAAGAACCAGAUCACCAAGGGCAGGACCGAUGCUUUCAAGAGCCUAAGGAAGCAUCUUCUUGAGGAGCUGGAAGAAGCUUUUCCAGACGACGUUGAAGCAUACAGGCAGAUACGUGCUACUUCUGCUGCUGAGUCAAAGAGGUUGGCUCAGUCCCAAAGUGCUCUUCCUAAUGGAGAUGCCAAAGUGAAACCUGAGCAUUGA